UUAGGCGAACUAAAAUUCUCUUUCCAAUUUUUUCCACAUUCUAAAAAGCUUCGUGUCACUUUAAUUAAAGCGGAAAAUUUGCACGUGCAUAAUAAAGCGGAUCAUAAUUUGAAUAUUUUUGCCAAACUGUACCUGAUGCCUGGAAAAAUACAGAAAAACGUAUCGCAGUUUGUGAAGCAAACCAAGAAUCCCCAUUUUAAUCAGGAAUUCCAUUUCGAGGGCUUUAGUAAAGAUGAAUUAGAGGCAAUGAUGUUGAGGAUUAAGCUAUUCGAUAAAGGACAGAAGUUACAGUUUACCGAGUAUAUAGGCGAGGUGAACAUUAACCUAUCUAAUUAUGAUUUGCUACAGGAAACCCGGAUGUGGAAGGACCUUGAA